CCGCGAGAGAAACGGAGAGGAAGAGCAUCGUCAUCAUCGUGUCGCCGAACGCGGCCUACCCAUUCCUCGUCUCUUGGAUUCCCGUUCUUAUUCAGCGGAAUGGAGUGUAUUGAUGAGUUGGAAUUAUAAUGUUGCAGUGCCUAGAUAUUUUCAAGCAUUCACUUGCUGUCUUGCUAAGGUGUUGUGAUAUUGACCUGUACAAUCAGGCAAAGGGUCUUGAAGAUCCUGAGGUUUUGGCCAGGGAAACCGUUUUUAGUGUAAGUGAAAUAGAAGCACUAUAUGAGUUAUUCAAAAAGAUCAGCAGUGCUGUAAUUGAUGAUGGGUUGAUCAACAAGGAAGAAUUCCAAUUAGCUUUAUUCAAGACUAACAAGAAGGAGAGCUUAUUUGCUGAUCGGGUGUUCGACUUAUUUGAUACAAAACACAAUGGAAUUUUGGGAUUUGAAGAGUUUGCACGUGCUCUUUCUGUAUUCCAUCCUAAUGCUCCAAUUGAUGAUAAGAUUGAGUUCUCUUUCCAACUAUAUGAUCUGAAGCAGCAAGGUUUUAUUGAAAGACAAGAGGUGAAGCAAAUGGUCGUGGCAACUCUUGCUGAGUCGGGCAUGAAUUUGUCAGAUGAAGUUAUAGAAAGUAUUAUUGAUAAGACAUUCGAGGAAGCUGAUACAAAACAUGAUGGGAAAAUUGAUAAGGAAGAGUGGCGGAACCUUGUCUUGAGGCAUCCUUCUCUGCUGAAGAACAUGACUCUUCAAUAUCUCAAGGACAUCACAACUACUUUCCCUAGCUUUGUUUUCCAUUCACAAGUUGACGAUACCUGAGCAUCUGAUUCUCUGUUGCAAUUUCGCGGACCAGCAUAUUUGUUGAUUGACUUCUUCGAUGUUUGGGUGAUGUCAGAUAAGUAUCUGACCAAGAGAUAGUUGAUUGGUGUUAGGAUUUUCUUCUCUUCAUGGUUUUGUUUUGUGAGUGAAUGAUAUCCUUCUUAAUUUCUAUUAUCAUCUUUUGUCGAAUUAUGUAAAGAAUAACACAAAGUGACGAAUUGCGUGAAAAAUAAAAUAAGAAAACAUUAGUUGAUUUGGCUUUAA